UGCUGAACUGUGUGGGAGACCGGUGUUCCGGCGGUGUUAUUGUCGUCUGAUGGAAUCUUAAAGCAAGUGUUAUGAUCUGGGAAUCUCCAGAGAAAGCUGACAUAAAGUGAUUAACUUAACUGAUUUCUUGUCAAUAUUGCAAUUUAAUUCAUGGAUUCACGAAGGAAUUAAGUCUUUAUACUAACGGCUCAAUGCAAAACCAAAGUGCAAAAUAGGUGUAACAGGAGCUACAGACAUGACUGAAAUUCUCUUCAAGGUCAUCAUCAUAGGUGACCCAACAGUGGGCAAGACCUCAUUUGUACAACGAUAUGUUAAUGAUUCGUACAGACGAGACUACAAGAUGACCAUUGGAGUUGACUUUGCCUUGAAAGUCGUGAAGUGGUCUGAUACACAAGCAAUCAAGCUUCAGAUUUGGGAUAUUGCAGGACAGGAAAGAUUUACAUCUAUGACCAGAGUAUAUUAUAAAGAUGCACAUGCCUGUAUCAUAAUGUUUGACCUCACACAAAGAUCAACAUUCCAAAAUGCUGUCAAAUGGAAAAAAGACCUGGAUGCUAAAUGCUCUUUACCUGAUGGUUCCACUGUGCCGUGUUUACUACUGGCCAAUAAGUGUGACCUGAGCCACAGAGAGGUCGAACAGAAUGAGAUUGAAGACAUGUGUAAGGAGCAUGACUUUGUAGGGUGGACAGAAACCUCAGUCAAGGAGGGCCUUAUGAUCGAGGAGUCCAUGAGGUUUCUGAUGGAGGAGAUGAUGUCAAAACAUUCUGAGUUAGAUGGAUUCUCUGAAUCAUUGCGACAGUCUGUCAGUCCAGGUACUGUACAUCUCAAGUCACAGACAGUUCACCUUACUGAAGAGUCUCGGUGUGGGUGCUGACCCGGACUCCUAUAGGCUUUAAUAUAAAGGUCAUGCUCAACUGUGUUAGUGAUCAAGACUUGAGAGCAUUAUGCCUUCAUUUGUAUUCAAUAAGUUGUGUGUAUAUAUAUAAGACAAGAGACCUGUUAUUGUACUGCAGAUUAAGCAGUGACUUCGUCAGACUUGAGAAUUUCAAGGAUUUUUUAUUACCCAUUGUAGCAACACAAAUGAAGCAAUGUAACUGUCAUUUGGCUCUGAUAAUAUAAUAUUGUGAAAUGUUGGUGAUAUGGACCUGGAUUGUCACAUUGUGGAGUACUGGUGAUAUGGACCUGGAUUGUCACAUUGUGGAGUACUGGUGAUGUGGACCUGGGUUGUCACACUGUGGAUUACUGGUGAUGUGGACCUGGGUUGUCACACUGUGGAGUACUGGUGAUAUGGACCUGGAUUGUCACAUUGUGGAGUACUGGUGAUGUGGACCUGGGUUGUCACACUGUGGAGUACUGGUGAUGUGGACCUGGAUUGUCACAUUGUGAAGUACUGGUGAUGUGGACCUGGGUUGUCACACUGUGGAGUACUGGUGAUGUGGACCUGGGUUGUCACGCUGUGAGGUACUGGUGAUGUGGACCUGGGUUGUCACACUGUGAGGUACUGGUGAUGUUGACCUGGAUUGUCACAUUGUGAAGUACUGGUGAUGUUGACCUGGAUUGUCACACUGUGGAGUACUGGUGAU